AUGGAGGUGAAGUUGAAGAGCAGUUUAAUGAUAAAGCCGGUAGAGACAACAUGGAAAGGUUGUUUAUCUCUAUCAGAGUGGGAUCAAAUUGGGUUCAUAAACCAUAUUCCCACCACGUAUUUCUACCAACUAAGUCCGACGACACCGUUCGAUGACUCCAUGAGCAACACCUUCAAAGAAUCCUUGAGCCGAGCACUUGUUCCAUUCUAUCCACUAGCAGGCCAUCUUCGAAGGAUCAGCAGAGGCCGACUCGUGCUCAACUGCAAUGCCAUAGGGGUCCAAUUCAUCGAGGCCGAGUCCAAAACUAAACUAGAAGAAUUUGAUGACUUCUCUUCUUCUUCUUAUUUAUCAGAAAUACUGGGUCAGCUUAGCCCUCCAAUUGAUGAGCAACCGCUUUUUCUUGUCAAAUUUACUAGGUUCUCCUGCGAGAGCUUAAGCCUAGGCUUGACCAUUUCACAUGUCAUCGUCGAUGGUCUAAGCACCUUGCAUUUCAUCACCGAGUGGGCCCAGCUCGCCCGCGGUGAGCCUUUCUUGAAAAUUCCCUUUCUCGUUCGAAAGACUUUGCGAGUCGGCGAUCCGCUGUCCCCGCUUUCAAAUCCUCAUGUCGACCGUUCGGAUUUUCAUCAUCCACCGCUGUUGAUCGGACAUUCUUGCAGCGUAGACAAGAGGAAGAAGAAAUGUGCUGGAGCACUAUUAAAGCUUUCGCAAGAACAUGUGGCAAAAUUGAAACUAAUGGCAAACGAAGGACGGAAUAUGAAAAGAAAACCCUACACGAGAUAUGAGAUCCUGGCAGGGUUCAUUUGGAGGUGUGCUUGCAAAGCAAGAAAGCUCGAGGAUGAGCAACCGACGUCGUUAGGCGUCUGUGCCAAUUUGUGUAAGCGAAUGCGGACGACAUUGCUGGCCGAGUAUUUCAGCAACACCGCAUUUAUCGUGACCGCCACGAGCAAUGCAGGCGAGUUGAAGUCGAAGCCUUUAGGUUUCGUGGUGAGCAAAGUGAGAGAAGCGAUUGAGAAAGUGACAAAGGAAUAUGUUUGGUCGGCUAUUGAUUACUUGAAGUCUCAACCAGACUUGACCAAGUUUCAAGAUUUCAAUGGGCUGUGGAGUUGCAAAGGACCUUACUUUGGAAACCCUAAUGUUGUUGUUAUGAGUUGGAUGACUUUGCCAGUUUAUGGUCUUGAUUUUGGAUGGGGAAACGAAAUUUAUAUGGAUCCCGGAACUCAUGAGCAUUUUGAUGGAGAAUCAUCCAUUCUUUCCAACCCUGAUGGAGAUGGAUCUUUGCUUGUCAAAAUGGAUUUACAUGUGGAGCAUAUGGAAAGCUUCAAGGAGCAUUUCUAUAAUGAUAUAAGGAGUAUUUUGCUAAAGUUUAGUGAUGUUGAUAAGCUGUAUACUUCCUUACACUUGGAUGACAAAGUGGAAGCACUUGAAGAUCUUGUUACAAUUGGUCGUCCUGGUCUUAUUAAGAGUGUUACAACUUCGCUAGGCGGGGCCACCCUGGGGAUCCUGGAAAGGUUCCUAGGAGGUAGACGUAGGUCUCAGCAGGCUUCAGUUGAAAGUACGGAUGCACCCACUUAUGAGGAGCAUCUUGUCGAGCGCCUGGCUCGUUCACUCGAGAGGAGUCAGUUUACUGGAUAUACUUUUGAUCAGACUCGUAGACUUGGAGCAGUGGGUUUUGAUGGCUCCAUGGACCUUGUUGUAGCCCUAUCUUGGCUAGAUGAUAUGGAAAAAGUCUUGGAUGAGGGUAUGCAGUGUCCAGAUGAGGACAGAAUCAGGAUAGCUAGUUUUAUGCUAGGGGCUUUUAUUGAGACCAAGAGACUAGAGUUCGAGACACUCACUCAGGAUAGCAUGACAGUUUCUGAGUACGAGCGGAGGUUCAGGGAGCUAUCAGAGUUUUGUCCCAAUUUGGUUGCGGAUGAGGUUAGCAAGAAGAGGAGGUUUCUUGAUGGAUUGAGUGAGCAAAUAGCUUUGAGCAUCUCAGGUGCUGUUCACCCCACAUAUCAGUUGAUGAGAGAUGCUGCCCUUGAGGUAGAGAGACAAGCUCUUAUGCGCAAGACUAAGCACCGAUCAUAUGAUGGGUUAUCUUCGGGAAGCCCUAGCCAGGGAUCGUUGAAGAGGGGUAGUUUCAGUUUAGGAUCUUCGGGUAGCAGAGGAUUCAGAGGGGGUAGGCAUGAUGCCAGUGGUAGCAGAUUUCAGAGAGGUGGACAUACCUAG